UAAUAUAUAAACGCGCUUUAAACUCAUCUGUUUCCAUAGUCAUUCCACACACUGCAUGAAGAUGGAAGAAUGUGCGGCUAAGGAGAAUGAGAACCCAUGCGGUUUGGAAACGGAGUUAGCAGAGAGAUCAAUAUGGCUGAUGAAAUGCCCUUCUCUGGCUGCUUCCUCUCUAAAGUCUCUUCCUUUACCGGACGAUCCGUUCCUUCCUGUAGCCAAACUCAUACUCUCCAUAGACCCUCUCGCUUCUGUAGACGAUGAAACCAAAGUUGCAAUGGAACUAACGCGAGAUGAGUUUGGAAACAUCCCAAAACGUUAUGCUUUGGAUAUGUCUAAAGAUUUCAUCCCCAUGUUUGUCUUCAGUGAGUCUUCUUCACAUGGAGAAGGGAAGAUUAAAGGAACUAAGGUUGAGUACAAGAUUGUCCCCCAGGAAUAGGAGGAACUCUCUCUCUCUCUCUCCCUCUCUCACAAUGUCUCUUUCAGGUUUUAGAAUAAUAAAUUUGAUUUCUAUAAUAAAGGCUUAGCUAGUGCUAGUUAGUUACUUCAACUGUAACUGCUGACCUUGACUGUAACAAGAAAGAAAGGUUCUUUCACACAAGUGGACAACAACACCCUCUAUGGAUAUGCACUUGAUCAA